AUGAUGGACAUGAAAUGUAAGGCUUAAAGAUAUCCCUUGUAAUGCUUUAGUGGACUUAAAUUCUCGACGUCCUCGAAUCCCAGUAGAGUCGAUGGAGGUGUCGAUAUCGGACAACGAAUUAAAUGAACGAUAUAAAAAGAUCCAGGAAACUUCGGGUAUUUUGAAGAUGAACGGUCAGAUCUACGAAGGUGUGAAGGUGGACGAUCUUAUUUAUGUCACUGAACUGGGCAGCGGGACCUGUGGAACCGUCUCCAAACGAAAGAUAAGGGCCAAAACGGUGGCUGUUAAAGUGAGACAAGAAAAACAAAGAUUUUCAUUGAAUCCGAUUGCAUAAAUUGUUAGUAUAAUUUGUUAGGAGAUGAAACGCACGGAUAACAUCCAAGAAUCGAAGCGAAUCCUCAUGGACUUGGACGUGGUUCGAAAGUCGAACGAAUGCCCCCAUAUCGUUCAAUGUUUCGGGUACAUAAUCACAGAGGAUUAUCUCUAUAUUUGCAUGGAAGUGAUGGCCAGUUGUUUUGAGAAGGUUCUGAAAAACAGGAAUUACACUGGACUGCCUGAGGCAAUUAUUGGGAAGGUUGCUUUGGCGGUGGUCGAAGCUCUGUCCUAUCUCAAGAAUGUCCAUGUAAGUCUGGCCUUUCAGGUAUGUCAUUUCUUAGAGUCUGAUGCAUCGAGAUAUAAAACCAUCGAAUAUUUUGUUGGACUGGCACGGCCACAUCAAGCUCUGCGACUUUGGGAUCGCCGGGCAAUUAAUUGAUUCGAAGGCGGCCUCGAUGUCUACUGGAUGUUACGCAUAUCUCGCGGUAAGUAUAAUUAAAAGAGUUGCAUUACUUUUGCAUCAAAGUCAUCUUCUUUAGCCUGAGCGUGUGAAUGGAGAGCCAUAUAACGUUACGGCCGAUGUUUGGAGUCUGGGGAUCACUCUUGUCCAAUUGGCCAAGGGAUACUUUCCAUACAAAGCAGAUCCUAAGGAAGAGUUGAAUGUAUUAGUUGUAGUGAGGGAAAGGAUUAUAAAUGAAGACCCGCCUCAGGUUGAUCCGAAACAGUUUAGCGCUGAGUUCUGUGAUUUCGUAAAGAACUGUCUUCUGAAGUCUAGUCAAGAACGAGCCAAGUACGACAAGCUUUCGGUAAGUUGGAGGAGCAGUGAUGCGACUUCAAUUGUCAUUCGUAUUAUACCACGACCACAUAUGCAGCAAAAAGACUUGCAGAAUAGGAUGGCGUAGGAUAUAACCGCUACGACAUAGGUUAUGUACCGACAUAUGUAUGUCUUUUGACCUAACAGUUGGUCGGGAAAAUAAUGAGCACAAUGCCGCUGCGCUGAUUGCGUCGCUGAAGUGAAAAGUUAUUUGAUUUUUGCGCAACACAAUUCAUUUUCGAAGACUGAUACUUUAUUGCGUCUUUUGUUUUCACCGAGCCUUUGCGGAAAUUCCACAGCUCUCCGCCGAGUAUCCAACGACAAAAGCAGUCACCCCUUGAUGACAUUAAAUCCCAUUGCCGGCUUUGCCGCUUUAUUUCAUUGAUUCCUUUUUCAGAAAAUGGCCUUCCUCAUUAACGCAUCUCAGAAUGAACUAGAUGUUGGUCAUUGGAUUGAAAAUCAAGAUAAAUAUGAUCCGCCCUUUCCACCCCGAACUGAUUAG